AUGACAGUUGAACAACAACAACAGCAACAGCAGUCCAUACAGAGCCAGUCUCAGAACGGACACACCUCUGGCCAGCCAGUUAAAUAUGUGAAUUCAGAACUAACAACUGUUGAACAAGCCAAACCUGGACGUAAAGUCGAACUCCCAUUUGGAUUCGGGCCUUUACCCAAAGACCAUUCCAACAAAACAAUAUUCUUUUUCGAUAUUGAUAACUGCUUAUAUCCGAAAUCUACUCGUAUUUUUGAAAUGAUGCAAGAGAAAAUUCAUGAAUAUUUCAAGCACAACUUACAGUUGAAUGAUGAAGACGCUUACAGAUUGCAUCAUGAUUAUUACAAAACGUAUGGUUUAGCCAUUGAAGGAUUGGUUCGUAAUCACCAAGUUGAUGCAUUGGAUUACAAUUCCAAAGUCGAUGAUGCAUUGGACUUACAUGCUGUAUUACGUUACGACAAAUCAUUGAGAGACACGUUGUUGAAAGUAAAACAAUCGGGUAAAUUUGACUACUUUUGGUUAGUCACAAACGCAUAUAAGAAUCACGCAUUGAGAGUAAUUAGCUUUCUCGGAAUUGGUGAUUUGUUUGAUGGGUUGACGUAUUGUGAUUAUUCAAAGUUCCCCAUUGUUUGCAAGCCAAUGAAAGAGUACUUUUUAAAUGUAUUUGAUUUGACAAGAUUGAAUUAUGAGAAUAAAGAGGUUUUGGCCAAGCAGUGGUUUAUCGACGACAGUGAACUCAACGUGAAGGCCGCUUAUGAUUUAGGGGUGGGACAUGUGAUUCACUAUGUUGAGCAUGAUGAAGAUGUGGCAAAAUUAAAACAAAAGGACGAUUUUACUCACUAUUAUGGAGAUGGAUCUUCUAGGUCCAAAAUUCAAAUUUUGAGUCAAUUUUCAGACUUGCCUAAACUUGUAGGUGUAUAG